GCAUACUUUGCGUAAUUGUGCACGACACAGAAUCGAUUGCGACAUGCUUGGAAUAUGUACAUAGACUUGGUUUAAAUGUUUGCAAGAUAAGCGGGUUAGGGGCCACGAAGGAAAGGUACAUGGGAACUUUUCCGUGGGGCCUGUGGUCACAAAUAACAGGGGAAAGAAUUCCGGUGGACCUACAGGAGGAGGUUACUGAAUAACGCUACGGUAUGAAUCGUUUGAGGCUGGGCUGGAACUGGAGUAGGUGGAUGAUAACUGGAGGGUGGGAGGGAGAAAAAAAGGAGAGAGAAAAAAAUCACCCAGAGGGACUGAUAGUUUACCGGCACGAUCUGAAAAGAGAAGUCUGCAUGUAGCACUGGUAAACCAAAGGAAACGCAUUUAAAUUCACAAAUUAUUCAGUAAUAAUUCCAAAUGGUUGCUCUGCCAUUUUUAGUAACGAACGGGAACAAAUUAUUUGGCAGAGCAAUAAACUGGAUGCCUGUACCGUUUUUUUAGUUCACAAAUCGAUGACAGAAACGUAGUAUAGUAUAGGAGCGCAGUUAUCUUCAUUUAGCCGUUUCUUUUUGGAGGGUGCUCUCAUCGGCAUUAAAACGAAGAGGAACGGUGGACAGCAGUCACUGGUGACCAUGGACCGCACACUCCCCCUGGCGCUGCUGCCUUCAUUCACAGCCUCCCAGUGGUCUCUGCCCGGUGUCCGGGCAACCAACAGCACCCCCUACGGGUGCAGCCCCGCCGUCAGCGUCCUGCACUACAACCUGUGCGACCUGGACGCGGUCUGGGGCGUGGUGGUGGAGGCGCUGGCGGCGGCGGGCGCAGUGACGGCCUUCAUCCUGCUGGUGGUGCUGGUGGCCAGCCUGCCGUUCGUGACGGCGGAGGGGCGGAGGAGCGCGGUGGGGCUGCAGGCGGGCCUGCUGGUGUGCACGCUGGGCCUGUUUGGCCUGGCCUUCGCCUUCAUCGUGGGCCGCGACUUCGCCGUCUGCGUGGCCCGCCGCUUCCUGUUCGGCGUGCUGUUCGCCGGCUGCUUCUCCUGCCUGCUGGCGCACGCCGUCAGCCUGAACGCACUGGCGCGGCGCGGGCGCGGCUAUCGCGGCUGGCAGCUGUGCCUGGCGGCGGCGGGGCUCUGGGUCGUGGAGGCAAUCGUCAACACGCUGUGGCUGGUGGUCACGGUGGCGCGCUACCCAAUCAGCUCCCCCGAGGAGCCCGUGCCCUGCGCGGUCACCAACCCGGACUUCGCCAUGGCGCUCAUCUACGUCAUGGUCCUGCUGCUGGCCGUGCCGGUGGCGGCGGCGGCGGCGCUGGGCGGCGGGCGUGCCGAGUGGCGCCGCCCCGCCGCCUUCAUACUGCUCACCGGCGUCCUCUCCGCGGGCAUCUGGGUGGCGUGGGUCGUCAUGUACGUGUACGGCAACCGGGCGCACGGCGGGCCCGGCUGGGACGACCCCGCCCUGGCCAUCGCCCUGGUGACCAACGGCUGGGUGUUCCUGGCGCUCUACGUCAUCCCCGAGGUGGCCGCCCUGCAGGGCGACAGCAAGGACCCAGAGACCCCGGAGGGGGACAGCUACCCCCCGGAGCGGGUGGGGUACGAGACCAUCCUGAACGGGCAGAAGGACCAGAGCUCGCACAAUGUGUACGUGGAGAACAAAGGCUUCACCAUGGAUGAGCCCAACACAGCGGGCAGGCCCGUGUCCCCCUACAGCGGCUACAACGGGCAGAUACGGGGCUGCGUGUACCAGCCCACCGAGCUGGCCCUCAUCACCAAGGGCCUGAGCAGCAGGAUGGACAAUUCCCGUGAAUCGGGUCCCCCCUGGGUCACCUCCGCGUCCCUCCCCCAGUCCAGCUGGAGCUACACAGCACGGCCGGACGAGAGACGUCCUGUCCCGGGACAGUCCCAUGGGGGUGGGAACGGCUUGCAGGUGCGGCCUAUGUGGUGAAGCCGGCUCCAGGCUCCGGCUGCGGAACACGGGUGCCGCUUUUCGGUUUCCCCUCCCUGUAUUUCCCCCGCGUCCCGUGGUGCAAUUGUCGCUGUGCGUGGACACGGACACGCGCUGUGGGUGUCGGCAGUGGAGGCCAUGGGACCCUGACUGUCAGUGGGGGGGGGGAGGAGGAAUGUCUGCUCAACAGUCACUGACCGUAGCGGUCAAGACACAAAGCCCCCCCCCCCCCCGAAGCUCCCCCACACACACACACACACAUCAAUGACCAUUGUACCAGAGGACAGUGACCCUACAUAUUCUAUUCAGUGACCCUACAUAUUCUACCAAUGAUAGUAAAAUAGGAACCGGUGUAACAUACAUGCCUACAUAUACAAUACUCUGGCAGUAGAGAAUGAGGGAUUUAAUCUGUGUCAGGUUGCAGUGUAAAACAGCAAACUCCUGCAAGCACACGCAAGUGCACGGGACACACACUUUGCUGUAGCUGUCCCAGAGAGUAAAGCCAGGUGUGUACUUUAUACGAAGGUAAACCCAGCCAAAAUCGAACCAGAGCCGAACAGGGCGCUACAUGCAAACGUGUGUAUGGUCAUUGCAGCUUCAAACCGUUCCUUUACUGACACCCCUCGACAGUGAACAGCGCAGAUUCAGAUUCUGUAAUUGUGAUAACCAUGGGGAACAUGGAAGCGGAAACGUUUUCUGCUCUAAGCGCAGAAACCAACAAUGAGUUGAUGAUGAUGAACUUCAGCAAAUGAAAGAGGACGAUUUAGAAGCCGCUGUAGUUUAUUUAGCAUUGCAAGAGAAAAGAAAACAAAGAGAAGGUGGUGUGUUUGCCCGCCCAAUCAAAUGAGCAUACAGGAUGAAGGGUAUGCUAUUUUCAGGAAACAGGUGAGAUGAUUUCCCAGAAGGCAAUGAGGCCAUCCAUGUGAUAUUUUAAGCCGCUUGCAGGCAAUCUCCGCAUUUACAGUGGUAUGCAAAUCUCUCGGUUAGCUCGCCCAGGAGGUAGGUGCGCACCGCAGUGGCCAAAGUCAGUGAGUUUUGUUUUCUCUGCAAACGCAUCAUCAUACGUCAUUUAGUUUGUGCAACAAACUUGCUAAAGUUAGUUUCUGCAGCAAGUAUACACCCAGUUUAAGAGAGAAGAAACUGAUGAAGGAACAGAGAAGAGAGAAAUGUGAAUGAAAGAUGAAGGGAAUGCAUUCAGCUGUCAGAGAGGUGUUGAAGUCUUCUAGUUCACAGCACCACGGUGUUCUCCCUCCCUUAAACUAACUCUGCAUUACACUUUGAACUUUUAAAGUGGAACUUUCAGCAGCUGGGCAGGCGAUGUACUUCCUGUUUCAGCAAAGCUGCGGGCCCAGUAAGGCCCGUGUUGAAGUUCAGAAGCCAUGUUUGAUGAACUUUUAUCUUUGAACUUGAACCAGGCAAAUUUAAAGCUUAAUGUAUGUGUGUGUUUGUGCAUAUAUGCACACACAUAUAUAUGUACAGUGCCAUGAAAAAGUAUUUGCCCCGUUCCUGAUUUCCUCAAUUAUUUCCUAUUUGUUACACUGAAUGGUUUCAGAUCUUUAGACAAAAAGUAAUAUUAGACAAAGGGGAAAAUGAGUAAACACAAAACAUUUUUUAAAAUAUAUUAUUUCAUCUAUUUAAUGAAAAAAGUUAUAGAACGCUCAUAUCACCCUUGUGAAAAUGUAAUUGCUUAGUUACUCAAUUAAACAAUUAACCGAAAUGUCAUUGAUAAUUAGAUUCAGCUGAUUGCACACAGCCAGGCUUGAUUGCAACCAGCCCUGUUGAGUCUAAACCUCACUCAUAUUUAACCGUGAAGUAGUAGAUUUUACAGUGAAGUAGUCACCACAAAGUUUCUACAAGCACACUAUGCCAUGAUCAAAGGAAAUUACAGAAGAGAAAAAAAUGAAAUAUAUCAAUAUGGAAAGGGUUACAAAGCUAUUUCUAAGGCCCUGGGACUUGACCAAACCACAGUGAAAGCUAUCAUCUCCAAAUGGAGAACAGUGGUGAAUCUUCCCAGGAACGGCCUGCCUGACAAAAUGUCUACAAGGGUGUAGCAACUUAUCCAGGAAGCCUCAAAGAUCCCAGGAAAACAUCCAAAGAACGGUAGGCCUCUUUAGCCUCAGCUAAGGUCAGUGUUCAUGACACCACAAUAAGAGACUGGGCAAAAAUGGGAUUCAUUGGGAGAGUAUCAAGGUGUAAACCACUGCUAACCAAGAGAAGCAUCAAUGCUUCUCUUGCAAAAAAGCACCUGGAUGAUCCCCAACGUUUGGAAUAACGUUCUAUGGACAGAUGAAUGAAAAGUGGAACUUUUUAGAUGACACAAUUUCACAUUAUGUCUGGCAUAAUGCAAAUAUAGUGUUCCGCACUAAGAACAUCACACCAGCAGUCAAACAUAGUCGUGGUUGUGUGAUGGUGUAGGGAUGCAUUGUUGCCUCCAGACCUAUACCACUUGCCAUUAUUGAAGGAACCAUGAAUUUUGCUUUACCAGAGCAGUUUGUGCUGAAAAACCUUUGAAUUUGUCUGAAUUAAAGCAGUAAAGAAAAGUGGGCUUAAAAUGAUCAAAUUACAGGAAGUAUAGCAGAGUUUGGUUGCAGUUAGUGCAGCUAAAGCUGGGACAACCAGUUAUUACUUUUAAGGGGGCAAUUACUUGACCAUAUGGGUGUUUAAUAACUUUUUCAUUAAAUUAAAUAACAAUUUAAAAAAUUUUGUUUUGUGUUUACCAAUUCCCUUUGUUUAAUAUUACAUUAUGUCUAACAAUCUGAAACCAUUCAGUGUGGCAAAUAUUCAAUAAUAGAGUAAAUCAGGAAGGGGACAAAUACUUUUUCACAGCACUGUACAUCACAAUGGUAUAUGAAAACACUUCACAAAUAUUAUUUUGUUUUGUUUCAGCUUUUUAUAAUUUUUCAAACAGUGUAUGAAUAUUUGAGAAGUGCACUUUUCAAUGUAUUUAUUUUUUAAUAAAUUAAUGAAUAAAUUAAUAAAUCUCACGUUUUGGAGUAGAAUGUUUCAUCCAUGCAAAGCAAGAUCUGUCCAUCUGUUUUAAGUUUCCUUGAAACUGCGCUUUAAGAUGUUUUGUCAGACUUGUGAAAAUGUAAAAUUGUUCAGAUAUAUGAAAAUGUACUAUUUAAUUUUUUGGAAAUAAUUUAUGCUGCAAAAAUGUUUCUUGCAAUAUUUUAAAUGUGUGUAAAGACAAAGCACGUGUCUAGAGUAUAUCACUUGCUAAUGACGAUACCCUCAAACGGUAUAGUUCAGUCAAUAUUUAUCAUCACAAACUUGGCACGUGCCGCACAAAAUAAAGAUGUGCUGAAUAAAGGA